AUGGAAUCUAAUAGGGAAAAUAUAGAAGAAGCUUGAAACAAAGCAGAAUCUUCAUACAUAGGAAAAGGAAAUAAAGCUCAAUCUAACAAAAAACGGCCUAAAAAUAAAAAACCAAAGACAAAAUUGUACAAUUUUGAUCAAAAGCAAAGUUUUGUCAAAGAUAUCAUCAGUCAAUACCCUUCAGAUAAGCCCGAAGAAUUUUAUGAUAAAAAAAUCAUUGAAAAGCUGAUUCCACAGUAUAGCUCUUAUCACUAUGAGCUACUCUCACUAAAACAUUUUUGGAUAAACAAAAUAUAUAUAAAUUUUUUAUUACCUAAAAUUUUUUAUAUUAAUUUUUUUUCCAUAUAAAAUAUUUUAUGCUAAAAUCAUAGGCAAUUCUAUUAAUCACAUUAGAAUUACAUAUGAAGGGUUCGUCUAAUCUCUAUUAUUUAUUACUAUCAAAGAUAGGUAGAUGGUUUAAAUGCAUGAUUAAUCUACAAAAACUGCUCGAUUAAGGUGAAUUUUUUCCCAAUUUUUAAAAAAUUCAACGGUGUGGUUUGAUUAAAGAUAUUUUUCGCCCAAAAGGAUAGAAAAGAGUUAGAUGCUUCAGACGAAUUCGCUAUUGAAGUCCCUCUACACAAAAAAAUAAUGCUAGAGUUUCACACAAAGCCAUGCAAUACGAAAUGCAAAGAAAACGAUUGUAUAAAUUAUCAUCAAAGCAGCGAAAGAAGACGCCCUCCUAAACGAAUGCCAAAUGGAUUAUGAAACUACAGACCUCGUCUUUGUAACUAUUCAGAUGAUUGUGACAAAGGAGAUCAAUGCACAUUUGCUCAUUCAGAAGAUGAAUUAAAGUAUCACCCACUAAAAUACAAAACAAAAAACUGCAGAUUUAAUGAUGGAUCAUGCCCUCUAGGCAAAUAUUGUCCUUUUGCUCAUGAUGACCUUAGAGCACCUUCUUCAUUUUCUAUUAGCAGCCACACUCAGCCAAGUUCUCUAUCUCUAAGUCAGCACAAUGAAUCUACAAAUAAAUCAAGGACUGAGACAACUAUAGAGACUGAAAUCAGCACACAAGUUGAAGAAGAUAAGGAAGAAGAACGAAAAGAAAAGCGAAAAGAAGUAAAAAAGAAGAGAGAGCCUAGGUUUGACCAAGCACAGAUUGAAAAAGAAAUUAAAAUGUUGUUUGAGGAUAAUGCAAGGCUUGAUGAACUAAUAAAAGAAGAAGAGAAUAAAAUAGAAGCUCUAGGAUUUUAUAUUUGUGCAUAUUGCAAGUCAGAUAUGCCAAUCUACGCACUAUCUUGUGGACAUUUAUGCUGCUUGAACUGCAAAACACUGUCUACGUGUAAAAUCUGCAAAGCACAUAUUCGAUCUAAAGUACUAAUAAAAGACGUUGAAAUUUAA